AUGGAUGCCUCUUUGUCCUUGGCAAAUAAUGAAAUUCAAGGUGAAGAUGUGAAAAUUAAGCUUGAAGAAGAUAGAGCCGGCCUUCCUACAUAUGUGGUGGAAAAAUUUCCGCAUAUUCAACAUUAUAAAGCUUUUAAAUUGCCAACUUCUUUGGACGUUAAGCAUCUUCUCAAAUGUCAGUUAGCAGUUGUUAUCUAUGACUCUGAUCAGAAGUGCAGGAAUUGUACUGGUUUGCAGUUACCUGGUGUUAUAGAUGAAGUUUUUUCAUAUAAUGGCCCCCUUGGUGCAUUUUUCUCAAGAGAUGCUGUUUCACUUUACCUAUGGGCUCCUACCGCUCAGGCGAUACAUGCUUACAUCUACAGGGGCCCAACGGGAGAGGACCCUAUUGAAAUUGUACAGUUGGAGGAGGAUAAUGGUGUUUGGAAAACUAAAGGACCCAAGAGUUGGGAAGGCUGUUACUAUGUCUACGAAGUAAAUGUUUACCACCCUAGUACCUUGCGAGUUGAAAAAUGCUAUGCCAACGAUCCAUAUGCUAGAGGACUUUCAUCAGAUGGCAGGAGGACAUUUUUAAUUAAUCUUGAUUCUGAUGAGUUAAAACCUGAUGGAUGGAAUGAUCUGGCAAACAAGAAACCUGUUCUGCAUUCUUUCUCAGAUAUAAGCAUUUAUGAAAUGCAUGUAAGAGAUUUCAGUGCCAACGACUCCUCUGUGCAACCUGACCUUCGUGGUGGUUAUUUGGCCUUCACAUUGCUGGAUUCAGCUGGUGUACUUCAUCUAAAGAAAUUAUCAAGUGCCGGCAUCACCCAUGUCCAUCUACUUCCAACUUUUCAGUUUGCUGGAGUUGAUGAUCAAAAGGAGAACUGGAGAUCUGUAGGUCCUAAAGGGCAUGACACAUUUCCAUGGUAAAAUUCAACUCCAUGAUGGCUCGGAAUUCAGAGAA